AUGCUUGCCACGGCACAAACUAGAGCUGCGUGUCGUGGUAUCCUGGGCGGAUGCACAGAUCGAGAAGAAGUCGGAUCCACUGGCUGUUCGAGGCUUAGGACGAGUUUCGGACCCUCGGGCUUGGCCUGGAAGUCGGGCUCUAGCGGCUGCAAGUCAUGGAUCUUCAGUCUCCAUCGUGAGAGAAGCCAGGGCUUCCAUAGGGCGACGCGGCAGAGGCACGGAGGACCCAAACCACAUCGGGGCGGCGGUGGAUCCCGCCGAAGGCACAGGGACGAGUGA